GUAAAACUACAAAGCAUUGUUCUCUUACCUUUAUAGGUAUUAGAGUCAAAUAAUCGUAUCAAAUUAUUUAGACACUCUUGUGAACACAGCAGUGGUAAAUUCAAGUGUUUUUGGAGAUGAAGUUCGCUAGUUUGAUUCUGCUCAUUCUAGGAGGAAUUAUAGAUUCACUAUCAGCAGAGCGCAAUGAAGUAGUGGGGUCUGCAGAUUCUGUAUUUGCAUUUGCUGGUGAAGAUGUGAUUCUGCCCUGUUUAGUCAAACCCAACAUCAGUGUUGUGGACAUGAAAGUGGAGUGGUUUAGACUUGAUCAGGAAUACUCAGUUGUGCAUCUCUAUGAAGACCAUGUAGACAGAAACACAGAGCAGAUUCAGUCCUACAAAGGGAGAACUGAACUCAAUCAUCAGCAACUACAGACAGGAAACGCAUCACUCAGACUAUCAGCAGUGAAAGUGUCUGAUGAAGGACGUUAUAAGUGCUUUAUUCAGUCCAGCUCCUGGUCUGAUGAUACCACGAUUGAUUUUAAAGUUGAAGCUGUAGGAAAUCCUCCAGUGAUCACAGUAGAUGGAUUUGAUCGUUCAGGAGGGCUUCAUCUACUGUGUGAAUCUGAAGGUUGGUAUCCUGAACCUGAUCUGGAGUGGCUGGACAGUAAAGGAGUCAGAUUGAGUCCAGAAUCUACAGAGACACAAAGAAACACAGACAGAUUUAGUGUGAAACACACCUUCACUGUUCAUCAGAGAGACGGCAAGAUUCACUGCAGAGUCAGAGUAAGACACCACAUGCUGGAGGCACUGAUCAGCUCUACAAGUAAUAUGUAUCUUUACUGGAGGACAUCAGUGAUUGUGAUUUCAGUGGUUAUUGUGAUUGCUGGAAUACUGAUCUCUGUUGCUGUUUUUAAAUACAGAGAACACAGGCGACUACAGCAUGAGAACAGCAGAAUGAAAAGUGGAAACCAGAGCACCCGUCGGAAACCCAGGCGUACACGGGAAGAACAAGCAUCUCCACACUGAAAUGUCAACUGACCCGGUCUAGGCUCGAACCAGCGACCUUCUUGCUGUGAGAACACAGGCGACUACAGCAUGAGAACAGCAGAAUGAAAAGUGUUAUCAAUCAUUUAAGAAAACUCAUGGUGAACGUGACUCUUGAUGCUGAUUCUGCUCAUCCUGAUCUCAUUGUGUCUGAAGAUGGAAAACAAGUGAAAUAUAGAAACAGAGAGGAUAAGGGAAAUAACAGGCUUAAUGAAUAUCUUGGUGUUGUAGGAAAGGAAGGAUUUUCUUCAGGGUGUUUUUACUUUGAGGUGCAGGUGAAGGGAAAAACUGUGUGGGAUUUAGGAGUGACCAGAGAAUCUGCUGACAGGAAGUACUUGACCAGUCUGAGUCCUAAGAAUGGCUACUGGACUCUGAGUCAGAGACAUGGAAAUUAUAGAGCUUCAAGUGUCACUCUUUCUCCGAGUGUGGAACCUCAGAGAGUUGGUGUGUUUGUGGAUUAUAAGAAAGGUCUGGUCUCUUUUUAUGGUGUUGAGUCCAUGUUUCAUAUCUACUCUUACACUGAUCAGUCUUUUAAUAGAAAACUCUAUCCUUUUGUUUGUUUGGGGUAUUAUCUGAGUUUCGACUUUUCACCACUGAUUAUCUGUGAUGGUACUAAUGAGGAGAGUGAAUAAAUUUACAUGAUCAAGUGAAGUAAAAGACAACAUGGUUCAAAAUGAUAUAAUAAUGUCAAACAUUUGUACACACAAUUGUGAUUUUGUUUUGUCAUUAUAAAUCUUUCUUAUGUAAAGGCUGAAUAAUUGUGCUUAUAGAAAUGAAUUGUGUAAAUAUGUACAUGUGAAAAUAGAUACGUAAAUAAACAAAGAACCUAAAGCUGAAAUAAAACAUUUUACUCACUUCA